AUGUCUACAUCUGCAUCUCUUCCUGCAACCGAAGGCGAAGGAGAGGCAGACGAUGGACCGCCGAGAAAACGCCCAAGGUUAAUCAGAGCUCUCGAUGGGGAGCAGGUUUUUGAUGAUUCAAAAUCUAUGGCAUGGUUUGACCAGGAAGAAGAAACCAGAAAGGCAUUGUUCCAAGAUCUACCAAACGUAAUUGUCAGCGGUGCAUAUUCUCCGGGCGAGUCGAAUUUUUUUAAAUUCGUUACAUCAGGCGUUUUUGUAGACAAAUCACUAUUCAUUAUAGAAUUUAUGAUCUAUAGUGAACGGGCUAUACUUAUUACUCGCCCUCGUUGGUUUGGUAAAUCCACAAACCUAUCAAUGCUUUAUACCUUUCUCCAACCGGUGUCUGAACAAGAAAAAGGACAGAAGCUUGAAUUGUUUAAAGACCUCAAAGUUGCUAAAUUCGAUUGGUUUAUGAAGUUGCACUUCGGCAAUUGGCCCGUUAUUUACGUUAGUUUCAAGGAUCUUAAUUAUAAAUCUUGGGAUUCAAUGCUAAGUUCCAUCAAGGAAAGAAUAUCGGAACUUUAUAAAGAACAUCGUUAUAUUAUUAUUGAUAAGAAGCUUUAUCCAGAUGAUGAAUCUUUAUUUAUAAAUACUCUUGACGGAACAAUUGACGAGUCAUGUUUAAUAAACGCUAUCUCCCGUCUAACACGCCAUUUUCAUGAAUACUUUGGCAAACAAACCAUUAUUCUCAUUGAUGAAUACGACUGGCCAAUGGAACAUGCAAGAAAUUUUUACAACGAAGCUGAUGUUUUUUUUAAAUCCAUGUACUCUAGCGUAGCGAAGAUUCUGUUCGUUGGACUGCUUCCUCUAGGUCAAGCAAGCUUCCUUUCUGGACUUAACAAUGUUGGGCAUUACCCAAUGCAUAUCUUACCUGGUAUAUAUGGGCGUGCCCAUUUCUCAGACAUGUUUGGUUUCACGGAGAGAGAAGUUGAGUUAUUACUAAGUAAAAGUGAUUGGAAAUUUGAACUCGAUAAUUUGCGCACUCAUUACAACGGAUAUCAAACUAGUACCAAUGUGCGUAUCUACAACCCACACUCAAGUAUAUCAUUUAUGCAAAAGGGUAUUAUCAGAGAUUACUGGGCAAAUAGUGGUUCUGCAAUUACAAUCAUGGAAUGUCUAAAAAAAUGUAGCCAAAAUAUCGAAGAUCAGCUCCAGAAUCUUUUCUAUUCAUUUUAUUCAUUACAAGACAAUAAUUCAUCACAAAGACAUGUUGAAGUGAAACUCACCCCGCAUCUCCGAUACGAUGUUCUCGAGAAGAAGCUAGAUAUAAACGCGAUCUAUACAUUAUUAUGUUAUAGUGGCUAUUUGACCGUAAAUUUCGAUGAUAAACUCAAUAAUGGAGUUGAUAAACAAUGGAAGCCUAUCGAUGCUAAGCUUAUUAUUCCAAACAAAGAAGUUGCUGAACAAUGGAGGCAGUGGAUUAUCGAAAUUGUAGGCGUAGAUCGGCUAAAGAUGAAUGACAUAUUUAACUCGUUAUUCAAGAAAGAUAUCAAAAAGUUUUGCGAGCAAUUUCCUGCUCUUUUUGCGGAACUAAUAUCUUUUUAUGAUAUUGGUGAUGCUAAAAGAGCCAUGUCAUAUGAGGGUGGGUACCAUACAUUUGUCCUUGGAGCAAUUGCAAUGUUUUACAAUGAUGAUUACCAGAUCGUAUCCAAUGGUGAAGCUGGGGAUGGUCGUCCUGAUGUCCGCAUCAUCCCGAUUAACCAAAAAUUUGAUACUUGUAUCAUUUUUGAGUUUAAGCUUGCUAAAUCGGAAGACCGUGAAGAAAUGAGAAAGUUCGCUAAGAAGGGGCUAAAACAAAUUGCUGAUAAAAACUAUCGGUCAAAUACUGCAAGUCAUAUCGAAACGAUAGUUGAGGUUGCCAUCACCUUCUGUAAUAAAAGCACCUUUGUCUCUGCUCAAUGUUUACAACGUAAAAAAGGUAAACUUUCAACACAUGCCUGGGAAAUUGUUUCAUCGGCUGAAUCGGAUGCAGAGCUUAAUACCAGAAUUGCGGAAUUAGAACGAUCUGCAAAGGAACAUGCUGAGAGUGCGAGACAAAGUCAGACAGAAAAUGCUGAGCUUAAGGGCAGAGUUGCAAAUUUAGAACAGGAAUUCAAGAAGCGGGAUUUACAAUUCUUGACGGAAGAAUGCGAAUCUACCUUUCAAAUCGAAAACCAUAAUUCAGAUAUCACUUCACAAAAGAGUACUAACAUUUCUCAAUCACCCGUUUCAAUUAUUGAAACCUACUCCGAUGAAGAAAACAGCACAGGCUCUAUAGAUCUAAAACAGGUACAAAGCGCUGUUUCUUCCGAAUCAGGUCUCGACAAUACCUCUAAACAGUCUGCGCAAAAUGUGCCCGAAAAAUAUACUAAGGAUUCAAGUUUAGUGACCGAAAUUGUGCAAGUCGAGCUUGCUCAUUUGUUGUAUCAAGCAUGUAAAGCGACAAAAAAAUCUAUCAAAACUAAACGGGAAGAAAUUUCAUCCUGGGGUCGUUAUUCUGAAAGAUUCGAAGAUAAGGUUAUAGAACUUAGAUCCAAAGACAAAAAUCUUAAGGAUAAAACUGCAAGAGCUCAAAUUUAUAAUGAAAUGAGACCAUACCUUACAGGCAUUACUGAUGAGUAUUUACGCAAGAUAACAAGCAAAGCAAGAAAAAUUAAUAAGUUGUUUGGAUAUGAUUACGAUCCUGUGACUUUAAAAAAGAAUAAAGGUAUAGGGUGGCACAUGGUUAAUCGUGUUACCUACAGCGCUGAUACUAGUUCAAGACUUACUAACCUUCAAAUCCAGUAUACUAUAGAUCAAGUAGGUGUGACAGUAUCGAAAACUGUGAACACCGUUCACGAUCAGACAAAAACUGAGGUGAGUACUCAAGCUAAAGUAAAUGUGUUAACCAAGUCUCAAGUCUCUGAAUCAGAAAGAAUAGAAUGCGGGGCAUCAGAAAUCAAGGUAGAUACAUCACCCGAAUCACGCCAAACUGUACCUUUUCAAUAUCAAAAUGUUAUUGACACCCUAUAUGCACCGGCCAAAUCUCAACUCGAAGAGGAGAUUCUAUCGGAAACUCAGGUCAACCCAUUACCCACGUUACAGAUAGGCACCACACCUAUAUCUAUAUCCAAGCCAAUUCAUGACCGUGCAAGUUUUCGUAGGAAAGUAUUAGAUCAAUAUCCCGAUAUAUAUUAUGAAUAUAAUGAUUAUUAUGGAAUUACUGACGAAUCUUUAUGCCCGCUAUGCAAGUUAGAUCAUGAUGAUAAUAAUGGUAUAGAAGGUAGAUAUGAAAUCGGAUCCUAUUAUAUUAAAUGUGAACAGCGUGGAAUUGAAAUUGAGAUAACAGCAUGA